AUGUGGGAGGUGGGGCCGGAGGAGGCGCGCAGAGCGGCUCUGACAGGAGCAGGUCGGGAGGGCAAGCCUGGCGGGAAGCUGAGCGCCGAGAGCCGGGGUGCCGGCGCCCGAGCAGCGGUUCUCCGCACUCACUCUCCUCCGCUCGUCGGCCGGAGCGCUGCCUCCGAGCCCGGCAGCUCGCGGCCGUCGCCCGCGCAGCCCCGAGGGCCCCUCGCCUCACCUGCACGUGCCGCACCCCGCGCGCCCCGUCCGGCCGCCGCAAUGAGCGAGCUUAAUACCAAAACAUCCCCAGCAACCAACCAGGCACCUGGCCCAGAGGAAAAGGGGAAAGCUGGCAAUGCCAAGAAGGCUGAGGAGGAGGAGGAGAUCGACAUUGAUCUGACGGCUCCAGAAACAGAGAAGGCUGCCCUUGCUAUUCAGGGCAAGUUCCGGCGAUUCCAGAAAAGGAAAAAGGAUCCCAGCUCCUGAAUAACCAGCCUUGCCCUUCACCCUGCUCCCUUCUCUCCCCUUCUUCACAGCUCUGACUCCCAUGUAGCUUUGUCUCUUUAUCCCUCUAGCCUCUUGCUGAGGCAAAUUCAACCCUUAUAUAUUAUUUUCUCUGGCCCCCUCCACCAUCACAGUAGUAGAGGCACAGGGAACAUGGGGAAGAUGAAAAAUUCAAUUUGCAGCCACUUGCCUAAGGGUGGACCAGUUUCUCCGUGGGAUAAGUCUCUUGGAUCUGUACCUAUGCUGGCCCUAUGAGGCUGAAGAGCAAAGACUGAGGUUGAGAGAGGGACCCCUGACAAUGUAGGAGGGAGGAGGAAGUCUUUAGAGUAGGGUGCCCAAGGGUGGGGUAUAGGCACUAUUCUGCCGGUUACAACAUUCACGCUUCAGGUAACGUUUUUUCCCCUUUAGCUCCUUCUGCACCACCACCUCCAACUUCCCUCCUAUGAGCCAAGCCAGUGGGGACUGAAGCCUCCUUUUCCCCUGGGCAGACCUAAAUCAAGCAGCUUCCACAUUAGAGCAUGCUGAGUAGAUUAGUUCCAAGGAAGGGAGACUGGGACUGGUAGAGGCAAGGAAAAGUUUUCUCCAUCAUCUAGUCUAGGACAAGAAGGGGCAGAGGUAGAAGAGGUUCAAGGGGCCACAGGCAGGGAAAUGGAACUAGAGUAGAUUUGAGGAGGAAAGAGAAAUAAAGGAGGGGGAGAUCUCUGAAGAUGUACUAUAUGAGGGAUUCUUGGGCUUUGCUAACCUGCCUACCUCUGACCCCCCAAGUCUAGCCAUCCCCGAGGCCACACAAAUCAAGUGAAUCCUGUAGUUCCCCCCUGCCCCACUGUGGAGUCAGGGCAGAAGUGGAAUAGCCACUCUAUGUGAUUUUAGCAUGUUUAAUAAUUAUUAAAAAAAACCCAACAAACCCUCAAGUGGGAUCAUUUAACCUCUACUUCUGUUUUUCUGGGGAGGAAUAUGAAUGCAAGCCUGAGCUGGCCUCAGGGAGGGUGGUAGAGCAAACUACACGGAUGCUUUGGUGGCUCAGGAAACUGACGCUGCCUGAGCAAUUUUCAGACUGAAGCCCACCCCUAGCUUCCUUCCCCCGACCUCGCCCUCACCCUCACUCACCACCCACAUUGUCUUUAUCUGCUGCUGUCACCACCCCCGGUGCACACCUGCAAGGGCGCUCCUCUCCUUCCCUUUCCCCUCCCAGCUGAGAACACACUUGAUAUAUAUCCCUCUGAAAACAAACUCAGUCUUCCUCGCUCCUUAUCCCCAAAUGACCUACCCUGGCUGUCCCUCCUGCUUUGUUUUCCCCCCACAUACCCCCUCCCCUCCCACUGUUUAUCACACUUAGGGGGAGGAGAAGGUGACUCUAGGUCAGUAGAGAGCACUCCUGUCACACCGAAGAUUUUAAACCCUGAAUUAAAUAAAAUGGUGGCUUUCAAGUGACACUCACA